GGAGGCCGAGUGGUGCAGUGAGGGACAAACAAAAGGAGGCGCCGGAGGGUCGCGGCGGCCGGCGGGACGGAGCUGUCGGGGGAGCCCCGGGCUGCCUGCGGGGCGGCCGGGCACGGCGGGCCCAGGGAGGUCUUGUCCAUGGAGCGGGAGGAAUGCCAGGACCCUGUCCCGACAGACUCGGACCAGCCUCAACCUCGGCCAGCACGCAGAUAGCAGGGCCCGCCACUGGGGGUAGCCAUGAUUCCGGUAACAGAACUCCGCUACUUUGCGGACACGCAGCCGGCCUACCGCAUCCUGAAGCCCUGGUGGGACGUAUUCACCGACUACAUCUCCAUCGUCAUGCUGAUGAUCGCCGUGUUCGGGGGCACGCUGCAGGUGACACAGGACAAGAUGAUCUGCCUGCCCUGUAAGUGGGUCACCAGGGACACCUGCAACGACUCCAUCCGUGGCUGGGUGGCGGCGCCCGAGACCACCUACUUCAACGCCAGCCUCCUGGCCGGCUCCACCGCCGCCACUGGCCCCACGGGCAUCAAGUACGACCUGGACCGGCACCAGUACAACUACGUGGACGCCGUGUGCUACGAGAACCGCCUGCACUGGUUCGCCAAGUACUUCCCGUACCUGGUGCUCCUGCACACGCUCAUCUUCCUGGCCUGCAGCAACUUCUGGUUCAAGUUCCCGCGCACCAGCUCCAAGCUGGAGCACUUCGUGUCCAUCCUGCUCAAGUGCUUCGACUCACCCUGGACCACGCGGGCCCUGUCGGAGACGGUGGUGGAGGAGAGCGACCCCAAGCCGGCCUUCAACAAGAUGAACGGCUCCAUGGACAAGAAGGCGUCGACCGUGAGCGAGGAUGUGGAGGCCACGGUGCCCAUGCUGCAGCGCACCAAGUCGCGCCUGGAGCAGGGCAUCGUGGACCGCUCGGAGACGGGCGUGCUGGACAAGAAGGAGGGCGAGCAGGCCAAGGCGCUGUUUGAGAAGGUGAAGAAGUUCCGCACGCACGUGGAGGAGGGUGACAUCGUGUAUCGCCUCUACAUGCGCCAGACCAUUAUCAAGGUGGUCAAGUUUAUCCUCAUCAUCUGCUACACCGUCUACUACGUACACAACAUCAAGUUCGACGUGGACUGCACGGUGGACAUCGAGAGCCUGACGGGCUACCGCACCUACCGCUGCGCCCACCCGCUGGCCACGCUCUUCAAGAUCCUGGCCUCCUUCUACAUCAGCCUGGUCAUCUGCUACGGCCUCAUCUGCAUGUACACGCUGGGCUGGAUGCUGCGGCGCUCGCUCAAGAAGUACUCCUUCGAGUCCAUCCGCGAGGAGAGCAGCUACAGCGACAUCCCCGACGUGAAGAACGACUUCGCCUUCAUGCUGCACCUCAUCGACCAGUACGACCCGCUCUACUCCAAGCGCUUCGCCGUCUUCCUGUCGGAGGUGAGCGAGAACAAGCUGCGCCAGCUGAACCUCAACAACGAGUGGACGCUGGACAAGCUGCGCCAGCGGCUGACCAAGAACGCCCAGGACAAGCUGGAGCUGCACCUCUUCAUGCUCAGCGGCAUCCCCGACACUGUCUUCGACCUGGGCGAGCUGGAGGUGCUGAAGCUGGAGCUCAUCCCCGACGUGACCAUCCCGCCCAGCAUCGCCCAGCUCACGGGCCUGCGCGAGCUGUGGCUCUACCACACGGCGGCCAAGAUCGAGGCGCCUGCCCUGGCCUUCCUGCGCGAGAACCUGCGGGCCCUGCACGUCAAGUUCACGGACAUUAAGGAGAUCCCCCUGUGGAUCUACAGCCUCAAGACCCUGGAGGAGCUGCACCUCACGGGCAACCUGAGCGCCGACAACAACCGCUACAUCGUCAUCGACGGGCUGCGGGAGCUCAAGCGCCUCAAGGUGCUGCGGCUCAAGAGCAACCUGAGCAAGCUGCCCCAGGUGGUGACGGACGUCGGGGUGCACCUGCAGAAGCUGUCCAUCAACAAUGAGGGCACCAAGCUCAUCGUCCUCAACAGCCUCAAGAAGAUGGCCAACCUGACCGAGCUGGAGCUCAUCCGCUGUGACCUGGAGCGCAUCCCCCACUCCAUCUUUAGCUUGCACAACCUGCAGGAGAUCGACCUCAAGGACAACAACCUGAAGACCAUCGAGGAGAUCAUCAGCUUCCAGCACCUGCACCGCCUCACCUGCCUUAAGCUGUGGUACAACCACAUCGCCUACAUCCCCGUGCAGAUCGGCAACCUCGCCAACCUCGAGCGCCUCUACCUGAACCGCAACAAGAUCGAGAAGGUGCCCGCGCAGCUCUUCUACUGCCGCAAGCUGCGCCACCUGGACCUCAGCCACAACAACCUGACCGCCCUGCCUGCCGACAUCGGCCUCCUGCAGAACCUUCAGAACCUGGCUGUCACGGCCAACCGCAUCGAGGCACUGCCCCCCGAGCUCUUCCAGUGCCGGAAACUGCGGACCCUACACCUGGGCAACAACGUGCUGCAGUCGCUGCCCUCGAGGGUGGGCGAGCUCACCAACCUCACCCAGAUUGAGCUAAGGGGCAACCGGCUCGAGUGCCUGCCCGUGGAGCUGGGCGAGUGUCCACUGCUGCGGCGCAGCGGCCUGGUGGUGGAAGAGGACCUGCUGGGCACGCUGCCCCCGGAGGUGAAGGAGCGACUCUGGAGGGCUGACAAGGAGCAGGCCUGAGCCCCCAGGGAACCCCACGCAGCGCCCUACGCCGCACCCAGGGGCUGGCCCCUUGGCUCCCCGAGACUUGGACCCCUGGGGCCGGCGCCUGUCGGGGAGACGGGAGACCCACAGGUGGUCAGUCUCAGCGUCUCGUGUUUGGACAAUCCAGGCCUUCUCCAUCCCGGAGGCCCAGCCGGAGAUCCAGGAACUCCCCUGAGCUCAAGCUAUUUAUUUCCCUCCCGUUGGAUAACUUACACAUUCCCAAGAAAGUCAGCCUGGGACAGAGAGGGCAGCCCUGGAAGUGGAAAGCUGCCUGAGGCCACAGACUCGGAACCCCUGAGCAUCCAGCUUGGGGGAGCGGUGACCCCUGUGGUGCCAGGCCGGACUCAGGCCAGCCGAGGGCAGCAGUCCACCAGGGAGACAGGCCCAGCUGCCGCUUACUAUCUUCAUUUUAGAGAACAUUUUUUUUUUUAGUAAAAAAGGAAACACAAAAGCCAGGUUUUGUUUUUUUUUAAAAAAAAGCUUUGAAAAGUGAUGGUUUGGGUAUUAAAAGGAAAUAAAACUUAAAAAAAAAUAAAGGGGGACUCGGGAAGCCAGUGAAGGGAGACAGUUCAGACUGGGAUAUGUGGGCCAGGGGCUUCGGUGCUGAGUGGAGUGGCCCGAUGCUCGGGCUGGGCCCAUCUUGUUUCUGAAGCAUUGGCCCAGGUCCCUGCAGCUGUUCUCUGGGCCAGAAGCCCUUUUUGGUGCGGGUCUCUCUCUCUCUCUCUCUCUCUCUCUCUCUCUCUCU